AUGAGUCAUUCUAAUUUUGAAGAGACCGAGCCUUUACUUACGGAUGCUCGAACUCCUAAUGACCCUGAUGACGAAGAGACUCUUCGUGGUAGCAGCAACUUUGGUGGCACUUCAUCAGAACCACCGCAGCCGCGCGCUCCACGCACUCGUGAAGCUCCACGCGAUCAUACAAAUUUCCUUCCAUUACGACAUGGAAAAUUCACUCGAUUAGAAAUUAUGCUGGCUUUCACAUGUCUUCUUCUUUUAAUUUUAAUGAGUAUUUUUGCUGGUUUAUAUGGACCUUGUUUAACACCAGAUUGUGUUUUAAUCGCUGGUAAAAUAAUUGAAGAUAUGGAUCAAACUGCCGAUCCGUGUGAAGAUUUUUUCCAAUAUAGCUGUGGAGGAUGGCUUAAAAAACACAUAAUUCCUGAUGAUAAAGGACGUUAUGGUUAUUUUGAUAUAUUGUAUGAAGAAAAUCAGGAACUUCUUAAAAGAAUUUUAGAGGAGGAUGAUUUUCCAUCAAUUGAGACAGCAGGAUUACCAUCCCCAUCUGUAUCAAUUGAUAAAAAAAACUUUUAUAAUCUUCAAUCGUUUUAUAAAUCUUGUAUGAAUGAGGAUCAUAUCUCUCAACUUGGAGGUGCACCUUUGGUACCAAUAUUAAAUCGAUUAUUCGAAAACUUUCCUGUUGAAAAUAGAUUUUCUUUGUUUAAUAAUUUUGGUCAUCAACUUGAUAAUCUUCAACAAGCUGCACCUCUUGAUCUACUUAAUUUAACAAAUACUUUAUCUAAUUUGUCCACUAUCGAUGUACAACCAUUACUUGGAUUUUAUGUCGAUGCUGAUGCAAAAAAUCCGAAAGAAAACGUCUUAUAUUUAUCUCAAAGUGGUCUUGUUCUGCCCUCUAAAGAAUAUUAUGAAGAGGAACACAUUAUGGUAACAUAUAAGAGUGUAAUGGCUGAAUUGUUAGGAAGAGCGUUAGAUAAUAGAAGUAAUUUUAUUAUUGAAAUGGGUUACACGAUAUCUAAUGAUGCAAUUGAAGAUAUUUAUGAAUAUAGCAUAGAAAGAUUUUGGCUUAGAGGUUGGGAGGAGAUUGCUGAUAAAAUUAUAGAAUUUGAAAAGGCUUUAGCUAAAAUUUCUUUAUCACCUGAAGAUUUUAAUGAUCCUGAAGCUACUUAUAAUAAACAUACUAUAAAAUCUCUUGAAAAGCUUAGCCCAACUUUCUUUUGGUCGCACUAUAUUAGUUCCCUUUUACCACCUACCAUUCCAGAUCUUCCAUCAAAAAUAAUAUUGACAUCAAAUCAAUAUUUUGAAAAUCUUUCGAAUCUUGUAAGAAAGACCCCUCCACCAAUUUUACAAGCUUAUUUUGCUUGGCAGAUUAUUGCGAGGCAUGCUAAUAGUUUGGAUGAAAAAUUUCAAGCCCCUUUACGAAGAUUAAAGGCAAAAUUAAGAGGUGUUGAUGAAAACGUAAAACCGAAAAGAUGGGAGGUUUGUCUUAGCUCGGUUGAUCAAACAUUAGGUCGCAGUAUAGAUAUAGCAAACCAAAUGAUCGACUCUAUUAAAGAUGCAUUUGUUGAUCGUUUACCAGAUCUAGAUUGGCUUGAUGCUGAAACUCGUGAAAAAGCUAUUGAAAAGGUUGAUGCUAUAAUUCAAAAAGUCGGGUAUCCUAUAAAAUCUCCUAACACAACAAACCCACGAAGCCUUCAAGAUUAUUAUAGAGAUAUAAAAUUUGAUGAGGAUAACUAUUUUGAUAAUUUGUUGAGUUCUUAUUUAUGGGGAUCUGAAAAACAAUGGAAGGAAUUGGGUCAACCAGUAAAUCGUUAUAGUUGGUAUAUGAGUCCUCAGACUGUUAAUGCUUACUAUAAUCCUACCGUAAAUGAGAUCGUAUUUCCAGCUGGGAUACUUCAAUUUCCAUUCUUCAGUUCCAAAGCGCCAGAAUAUAUAAAUUAUGGUGCUAUCGGUACGGUGAUUGGACAUGAACUCACGCAUGGAUUUGAUAAUAAUGGAAGACAAUAUGAUGCGACUGGCCGUUUAAUUCAAUGGUGGUCUAAUGCUACUGUUGAAAGUUUUAAAGAAAAAGCGGAGUGUUUUGUUAAUCAAUAUUCAAAAUUUACUGUAAACGAUACGAAUGGUGUUCCAGUACAUCUAAAUGGUCGUCUGACAUUAGGUGAAAACUUAGCAGACAAUGGAGG